AUGUGGCAGAGGAAUCAGACUGAUCUGGCUGACUUCUUCCUUGAGGGGCUCUUUGAUGACUCUCUCACCCACCUUUUCCUUUUCUCCUUGACCAUGGUGGUUUUCCUUGUUGCAGUCAGUGGCAACACUCUCACCAUUCUCCUCAUCUGCACUGAUCCCAGGCUUCACACACCGAUGUACUUCCUGCUCAGCCAGCUCUCCCUCAUGGACCUGAUGCACGUCUCCACAACCAUCCCCAAGAUGGCUACCAACUACCUCUCGGGCAAGAAGUCCAUCUCCUUUGUGGGCUGUGCUGCCCAGCACUUCCUCUACUUGUCCCUGGGUGGUGCGGAGUGUCUUCUCCUGGCUCUCAUGUCCUAUGACCGCUAUGUCGCCAUCUGCCAGCCACUGCGUUAUACUGUGCUCAUGAACAGAAAGGUGGGACUGAUGAUGGCUGCUAUGUCGUGGUUAGGGGCAUCCAUGAACUCCCUCAUUCACACAGUGACCUUGAUGCGCUUCCCUUUCUGUGGGGCCCGGAAAAUCCACCACUUCUACUGUGAGUUCCCAGCUGUUGUGAAAUUGGUAUGUGGUGACAUCUCUGUUUAUGAGACCACAGUGUAUAUCAGUGGUAUCCUCCUUCUCCUCCUCCCUAUCAUACUGGUUUCUACCUCCUAUGCCUUCAUCCUCCACAGUGUCAUUCAUAUGUGUUCAGCUGGGAGUAAGAAAAAUGCCUUUGCCACUUGUAGCUCUCACCUCAUUGUUGUUUCCCUCUGGUUUGGCACGGGCAUCUUCUCAUAUAUGAGGCCCAGGUCUCAGCGCACUCUGCUGCAAGACAAAGUUGGUUCUGUGUUAUACAGCAUCAUUACUCCCACACUGAAUCCUCUGAUUUAUACUCUUCGGAAUAAAGAUGUAGCUAAGGCUCUGAAGAGAGUGUUGAGAAGAGAUAUUAUCACGCAAUGA